AUGAAUUUCGGCAGGCCUACACCCUUCCCGCGGGACGAGGACGAGAUAAGCCCUGAAAUAGGCGGCCAAGAUCAGAUCGAAGCUGACAUUAUGCACUUUGACGAAGAGGAGCAGCGGCUCAUCUCGGAUAUCAUGACGGUCGUCCCAGGCACCGUGGCAGACCCAGCGGAGGUCGAGCCCGAGCAAAGAGCCGACGGGACACUGCCUGAGGACAUGCCCUCAGCGGAGGCGAAAUCCAGAGCGGAAAGUGGCGAGGAAAAGAAGGAGACGGAGGAGUUGCAGAAGGACUUUUUGUCGGCGUUGGCGAUGGAUGAGGUAGAGGUCUCCAGCGUGCUGUCGGAUCUGAUAGAUGCGGCUGGCGAGAUGGGAGAGAUUGAUAUGGUUUCAAGAAUACUGGCUACCGAGAAGGUGGACAUCAACGAGUGCAGUUAUAUGGGGCGAAAUGCACUCCACGAGGCAGCUCGGUGUGGACACCCAGACAUAGUCAAGCUCCUGCUGGAUUCGCGAGCCGACAUCGAGGCGCACAUCACCCAAGACUUCGGCCGCUUUGGCUUGAAGACGGCCGCCGACCUGGCAGCAUACUGUGGAUGUUUACAUGCCUUCAAGGUCCUCCGCGAGUACAACGCUUCCGUGAGUGCCGUGACGCUCACUUGCCUACUCCGUGGCGAAGGCCCUCGCUACACCGAGGCUGUUGAGGCGUUGCUCUCCGAGGCCAAGGCCCAACCUGGACAAGCCAGGCUCCGAGAACACCUCCGAGUACUGCUGCUCCCCUCCUGUGACCUGGAGAACGACUUUCCGGCGGGUGCAGCAGCAGCUGCAGCAUCUGGUGCCCUCAACGAGCAGAACCUUUUCGAGGCUGCCGAGGUGGGCGUGACUGUACUGGGGAUGCCGCUGCUGGCCCCGGUGGCACGGGCGAGGAUGGUCUUGGCUGCAGUGGCCGAGACCGCCAAUGAGGAAUCGGUUGCCACUGACACGGUCGAUGCGCUGAUAUCGGCGGCAUGGCUUCAGAUGCGUGCUUCCACAGCAGCGGACAUACUGCUGAUGUUGGUGAGCGUGGUGUGCUUGUGCCGGGUCAGCUACGCCUACCGCUACGGAGGCAUAGAUGCCAUGCCAGCUUUGUGGACUUUGACGCUGAUCCACUCGAAGGAGGCUCUCGAGUGGCUGGCGCAGGCUGCUUCCCUCUUCUGGAGCCAAUGCUGCGGAAGCCGGAAGUCCGAAGAUUCCGCUCUGGGCCUCGAGUCCUUGGCGGACCUGCUGUACCUGGUCUUGGGCUAUUUGAGCAUCUGGUCUCAGAUGGAGCAAGAAGAGCUGGAUCAGAGCUUUAUGCCAGUUUUUUCUGCCAUGUCUUGGCUGAGACUCCUCUACAGCCUGCGCGGCGAGCGGUGGCUGGGGCCUCGUCUGCUACCCAUCCUGUCGGCGGUCAGGGAUACGUGGUCCUUUUUUCUUGUGACCGUCCUGUGCCUAGCAUCGGCGACACAUGCCUAUUUCAUCUUAAACCCUAGAGGGGAAGACCCACUACCCAUAUACUCUGCCUUCACCCAUACUGUACGCCUUGGGAUUUUUGGCGACUUCGACCUCUUCGAGUACCAGGGACAAGACACAACCUUCGCAGUUGACGCUACAGGUGAGUGGGUGCCCAAUGACCCCGUCCCCGAGGAAAUCGGCUCUUUCUCCUUCGUGUACCUGCAGGUCAUCUUCUUCGUCACAGGCGUCGGAAUUACCAUCCUGCUCAUGAACUUGCUGAUCGGCGUCCUGGGCCAGAACUACGAGAUCCACACGGAUCGGGCGCAGGUCCUCUUCGUGAGGGCCCGGGCGCGGAUGCUUUUGGAGCACCGAAGUCGACCCCAGGCCCAGCUCCAGAGACUCCAUCGGAGGCUCCUCAAAGGGAGGAAGACGAAGACGAAGAGCACUUCGGAGCCUCGGGACGAAGCCGAGGAGGAGGUCCGAGAGGAGGAGGCCCAGGAGGAAGAGAGCUUCCCCAGGAGCGAGAUGGGCACGUGCCAUUUUUGCAUGGCCGUGACGGUGCUCCUAUGCUUCCUGCCAAUCAUGUUUACUGUGAUCGGCUCUCGCCACUGGGACGCCGUCCUUGGCCCCGUGCGCCGCAUUGUGUUUCAGUACAGCACACUGACGUGUUUGCUGUUCCUGAUCUUCCCGGUCCUCCUCGCAGUGUCAAUGCUGGUGGCUCUGCCCGUCGCGCUCGGCUUGGGGAGUUUCUGGCUCCUCGGCUUCCGCAUCGAGGGCAUGCAGUACGCCAUGAACCUCACUCUUUUCAGGGUUUUCGGGAAUGAGCCGGCUCCAAAGUGCACCAUCUAUGCGGUGGUCCGGACCGAGUCGGGUGUUGACGAGCUGCGCGGCAUGCGGACCGAUCUGAAGGAUAAAAUGCAGAAGCUGGAGGAGGUCUUGCAGAAGCAAGACAAAGCUCACAAGGAGAGUCUGGCAGAGCAGAAGGAAUCGAUGCGGAACGUGCAGCAGAAGAUGGACAAGAUCCUGAUGCUGCUCGCAGGACAACCAAACCCUUCCGCCGCUCCACCAGAAGGCUGA